AUGCCGAGCAGAUAUCCAGGAGCAGUGACCCAAGACUGGGAGCCAGUGGUUAUCCACAAAUCGAAGCCAAAGUCUCAAGACCUGCGCGAUCCAAAAGCGGUUAACGCAGCGCUUAGAACCGGCGUCGCGGUUCAAACGGUGAAGAAAUUCGACGCCGGUUCGAACAAAAAGGGGAAAUCGACAGCUGCGCCGGUGAUAAACCCGAAGAAGCUUGAGGAAGAAACAGAGCCUUCCGCGUUGGAUCACGUGAAGGCAGAGGUAAGGCUAGCGAUACAGAAAGCUCGACUGGAGAAGAAGAUGUCACAGGCGGAUCUAGCGAAACAGAUCAACGAGCGCACACAAGUUGUUCAGGAAUACGAAAACGGAAAAGCCGUCCCUAACCAGGCCGUGCUCGCGAAGAUGGAGAAGGUUCUAGGCGUUAAACUUAGGGGCAAAAUUGUAAAAUGA